CAUCAUGCCGCGGCGCGGGUAGUUGUCUAAAAUGUACGUCAUUAUUGUCCGAAGAAUAAGUGCAGGGAGACAAAUUUCAGACAUAUGAAGAAGAUCUGUUUCUGUAGACAUUAAUAUAAGAAAUCAUAUGAAAAGAACAGAGGCCUGUUUGCUCGACGUUGGGGAACAACUAAUGGGCACUAACACCAAAACUACUGAGCACAGCCCUCGUCGUAUAUCAGGCGUGUUGGCACUUGAGGACUUGAGACAAUCCAAUGUCACAAAGUUGCCAUCUUAUCAGUCCAACCUAUCAAGAACGUCCAACAGGAUGGCUGAACUGUGCACCAUAGCCCAGCCAGAUUCGAGGUUCCCUUCAUUCAAACACAUUGAGAUGGAAAAUAGUAAGCUCAAGAAAAUGCUUAAUGCCAUCCGCGAGGAGAACUCUUCUUUGAUUUUUGAGAACCGGCAGCUGGUGAGGGAACUGGAAGAACUGCAGUAUGAACCUGCCAAUUCCAAAAACAAGAUCUCUCUUUUGAGCUCCGUGGUUGGAUCAAAGACUUCGAGUAUGUCCAUCAUGAAAGACCAGAUACUGGAGCUUGAGGCAGAGAUAAAAACAUGCACAAAUGCACUUAGAGAGACAGAACAAAAGCUAGAAAAGAGUCAGAAGUCUGCUAUCAUCAGCAACAAACUUGUGGAAAAGCUGAAAGAGGAGCUAAAAGCUGUCAAAGAUGAGCUGGAAGUUCGAUCCGUUCAAGGAAAAAGAGCUGAGCAGCAAAGGAAUGAAGCUUUGUGCAAUGCCGAGAAGUUGACAGAGGCUUUCAAAGACUACAAAGCGGAUACUACAGAAAAGAUGAAGAAGCUCAAGGAAGGUGAGAGCAAGUUGAAGGAGAGUCUGAUUCAAUGUGACAAGGAGCUAGUGGAGUUUCGGAGCAGGUGCUUGGAGCUAGAGCGGGAGAGGACAGAGAUGGGCCAUCGAAUUCAGGAAUUGAAAGAGGUAUCCAACAAGGCACAAGCAAUCACUGCAGAGAAUGCAAAGCUGCAGUCACGUUUGGAACAGUCUUCCAUGCAGAUCUCCAGGCUGGAGUGGGAGUUGGCUGAGCGUACGGCAGAGGCUGCACGUGACACAGAGAUAUUGCGCAGGGAGAAUGCUGAACUCCGCUCCCAUGGCGACCUCCAACAGCAGCAACUAACCCAAUGCCAACAAGAGGUAGAAGAAAGUCGGGCUGAGUUGGCUAGCUUGGAAGCCAUUCUAGGCCAGCUCCAUAUCCGAGAGGAUGGUGAAGCUCUGUGUGCGAAGCCAUGCAUGUUCUCCAGUUCCGCAGAUUUACCAACACUGAAUAACAACUCCUCAAAGCCAGGGGAGGGCUACCAGCGGUUAUUGACCAUCCUGCAAAACCUAGAGCAGGAGAAGAAUCAGCAGCAAAGUCUGGUGGCAGGGCUGCAGGCCAAGCUGACCAAGGCCAAUGAUGAGGUCUCAACCCUGCAGGACAGCAUGACUCAACGUUCCACCCAUCUCCACCGUAUCCACACUGAGCUGCUGGAAAAAGCUUCAGAGGCAGGUCGACUAGAGGAGGAGUUGAAGAAGAAAGGCAACCAGCUGGCCGCCCUGGAGAAAAAGCUAGAGGAGAACACUUCUGUUUACACAAAGGCAACAGUGAGGAACCAUGAGCUGGAGCAGAACUUGCUGGAGAAGAGCAACUGUAUUGAGCAGUUUGAGUCCCUCCUGAAGAAGACACGAAGGGACUGUAAGCAUGCCUUUCACAAGGUCCAGCAGGCCGCCACUGAACAAUGCAAGAAACUUGAGAGCCAAAUAGAACUGCUGCAGCUCUCUUUGGACCAAAAGCAGGCCCAGAUUCUGGAGCUGGAGCGGCAGCUGGGUUUGGAAAAGCAGGAAAAAGAAGAUGCCCAUCAAAAUGCUGGCAUGCUGCAGGCCUCGCUUGCUCGGCUCACUAAGGAGAACAGGGUGCUGGCCCAACAGAAUGAGGAUGCCCUGAAGAAUUUUAAAGAGCAGGCAGCAGAAUCAUAUACCAAGGUGAAGAAUCUGGAAAAAUCUCUCGAGUCCUGUAAGGUCGAACUCAACACCUGUCUUCAGCAGAUGAAGGAGGCCAAGGAGCAGUUUGACAAAGAGCUGGAGAUGAAGUCAUCAGAGGUGAAUGCCCUGCAGGUGGCGCUUAGAAGUAACAUCCAGACCUCCAGGACGUCCAGUGACCAAAAUCGGCAAUUGCAGUACAGCCUCCAGCACCAUCAGGCUAUGCUGCUGGAGAGCAACAAUCGUAUGGCUGAGUUAGAGGAAACCCAGGCCCAACUGGAAAGACAGGUGGCCAAGCUGGAACAAGAACUGGAAAAAGAGCGGGCAGCCACAGCUCAGGAAUCAAAGAGGAUGGAACAGGUAGUGAUGGAGGCCAGGCAAGCAUUGCAGAGGAAAGAGCAACAGACAGUGGAGCUUUGCAACACUGUCACGCAGAUGACUACGGAUAUGAACAAGCGUGAGACUGAGAUCAGCACCCUGGAGCAGGAGCUGCUGCAGCUGCGAAGGGACAGUGGUAUCAAGGCCUCCCAGCUCAAUCAGAUGGAGGAGACACUACAGGAAACGCAGGGCCUGCUGGAGAAGAAGUCUGAGAUGGUGAUGGACCUGGAGGAAAAGCUGCACCGCAGUGAAAUGGACCGGCGCAACUCCCUGCAACGUGCGCAGCUUUUGGAGAGUCAGCUGCAGAAGGUGCGUGGUGAGUUGGCUGACACACUGGAUCACCUGCAGGAGCUACGCAAUGUACUACAGCACACCCAGCUCACCACAGAAGAACGUGAGGCCGCUAUGGAGAAACUUGCCACAGAGCUCAGGGAAAGUAGGAGGGAGCUGGAGGAACGGACCCAUGAAGUCCUCAAUUUGGAUACGGCACUGAAGGAGGGAGUGUCUGAGCUGCAGCAAAAGGCACUCCAGCUCAGUGAGCUGGAAGUCGCCAUCAGGGACUAUAAGCUUCAAAUGGAGAGGAUGAUUAUCCACCUGCAGGGGGCACUGGAGAAGUCAGAAAUAGAGGUCAAGGAGCGUGAAAAACAGGUGGAGUUCCUUAGUGGGCGGCUAGAGCUGGCAAGGGCACAGCUGCAGGAAAAGGAGAAUCUACAGAAGGACACCCUUGAAGAGAGCCAGCAGCUCCGACUGUGUCGUGUGCAGCUUCAGGAGGCACACCUUCGCUGCGAGAGCCUGACCAAGGAGUUACGCAUUACAGCCCAGCUGGCCCACAGUAAGGAGGCAGAAGCCAGGCAGCUACAACAGGAAGUGGCAGCUAUGGAGGCCCAUGCAGCAAAGGGGGAGGCCCAGCUGCAGGCCACCAUCGCCUCCCUACAGACGGAGCUGGAGUUGAUGCGAGAGAAACACAACACGGAGCUCUCGGCUAUGCAGGAGGAUCGCACCAACCUGCAGAAGGUUUCCGACCAAAUCUCCAUGACCCUGCGUACCUCUUUGCUGCAGCAGCUGCAAGACGUCACAACCCAGCUGAAAGAGGCCCAGAAUACUUGCACUAGCUUGCAUCAAGAGCUGCAGGCCCGAGAAAAGCUCCUCAGUGAUGCCAAGGAGUCCCUGCUCAUCAAGGAGUCAGAGGUCACACGCCUGCAGUCUAAGCUCUCCACCUAUGAAAGGGCAACAGAGCUCAGCAACACCUCUCUGCACCAUGGGCCCCUGCUGCAGAACGUGUCCCCUGACUCUUCGGUGUGCUGUUCAGAUGGAAGCUGCCUGGAUCUCCCUGAAAGCCUGAGGGUCACCCAGCAGGCUGUGCUGAGGCCCCUGGACAGGAGCUGGCAAAGCCUGAGCCGAGGCGCAAGCCCUGCCUCCUCUGAGGUUUCCUUCAACCCCUUCACCUACAUGGCUGAUGAGAGCUCCGCUACUGACCUGACACAAGCAGAACCCAACAUGGACACCCUCAUGGACUUGCAGGAGUUCCUCAGUAGGAGGCUGACUCCGCAGAACGAACCCUAUGCCCGUAUGGCCAGUUCUGGGUCUGACACCGCGUCCACAAGCGAGAAAGAGGUUGAUCCAAAAGAUGAGGUGACCAAACUUCUCCAGGAGACUAAUGAAAUCCAGACUUUAUGAAGGGAAAAAGUGUUUCAUUGCAACCAAAAGUAUGUCUUAGGGGUCUGAUUCUCAGGCCUGAUCUCUCACUUCAAUAAAGAUGCAUUAAAAAAGCAUCUGUUGAAUCACUGAUCCAUUGAGCUGUGGCAUUAUAUAAGCUGACUGUUGGCAGAAUCUCUCUGGGGUUGGUAGUGUUACCCGUCACAUCUCGACUGUUCCUUUAGACUCAUCCUGGACUGGUUCCCUCCUCAUGAAACCUGUGUGAACAGUGUACCUGUUACUGUUUCUUAUGCCCAUUGUGUGCCUGACUGACUGAGAGCAAUACCACAUGGACUAAUUUGUUCAAAUCUGCACUGCUGCUAGUUGUUUCAAUUUUUCUUUGAAAAAAAAGAUCCUGUACAUAGCUCCUUAUUAAAUAAAGUGGUAUCAUGUAGCACAAGGUACCGAAUACAUGUAAUUCAGUUUUGAUUUCAUUGUGUCCACUUAGCACAAACUGAAAGAUCAAAAAUGAAAAUGGCCCAAAUACCAUUA